GCGAGUGCGCCUCCGCCCUGGCGCGCGCCACGCCGGACCACUUCCACAUGCAGUCAGAGUCUUUGAUCAGUCCCCUGAUGCAGACCAUCUCCCACCAGCACUGGAAGGUCCGGGUGGCUGUCAUCGAAGCCACAGGCACGGUGAUCCAGUUUGGCAAUGGGAAGUCAGUGGACGACGUGCUUUCUCACUUUGCUCAGCGGCUCUUUGACGACGUUCCUCAGGUGCGACAGGCGGUGACCUCCGUGGUGGGGGGCUGGCUGCUGAGCCUACGGGACCGCUACUCCUUUUUUCACAAGCUCAUCCCUUUGUUGCUGAGCAGCCUCGAUGACGAGAUUCCUGAAGUCAUGCAGUUGGCCGCCAGCCUCUGGGAGAAAGUCGGCCUACAGUGGCAGAAGGAGAAUGAGGAGGACCUGAAGGACAAGCUGGACUUCGCCUCCCCCCCGCCACCCCACUACCCUCCACAAGGGCAGCACACCUCUGUCUUCAGCAUCACCCGGGCACCCCUCAUUCGCCUCCAUGGCAGCCUCUCUCUCUAUUCUGGACCAGCUUUAUUUUUAAAAGACGUGAAGGCUUCCAGACAUGUCCAGGUGCACCACUAG